UUUUAUAACAGUUGAAACACUUCCUCGCACCAGUGCUGGUCGUCGCAGACUCACAACACUGACUUACAUCCACAACUGCUACUAAUGGCCCGGAGUCUAGUAGGAUUUCUGGUGCUGUUUUUUGCCAUUUCGAUCUGCCAUGCUGCUUCGAUCUUUCAACCGAUUUCGGACUCCCACCGAUCCGCUGCCUUAGACGUCUUCAAACCUGUCGAUGGAUCUUUUGGCAGCUUAGAAGAGACUUAUGAGGCCCUCAGAUCCCUUGAGAUUCUUGGAGUUGAGAAAAAGCUUGAUUUGAGCAAGACUACUUGUGGUUCUGUAUCAAAAACCCUUGAGUCAUCCUCCUCAACUCCAAAGGAUUUGUUGUAUGCUUUGAAUGUCAACGGCAUUUUAAAAUGCAAGAUUAAAGCACAAGUAUUUGAGGAAAUCAUUUCAAGACUCCAAACUGCUGUCAAAGGUGCAAGUUCGUUGCUUGACUUCUACUGUUCAAUUGGAAGUUUGAAACUUAUCAAGGAUCAAACUUCUAAAACUGAUUUACAUCUUAGUGAUGCUGAAGGAGUUUUAUACUCUAUUAAGGCUCUGAGCCAGAGUGAUGGAAGGUGGCGUUAUAGUUCUAACAAUCCUGAGUCAAGUACCUUUGCUGCCGGAAUAGCACUUGAAGCCAUUGCUGGAGUUGUCUCAUUAGCAUCUUCUGAGAUUGAUCAAUCUAUGAUUGCUACAGUGAAAAAUGACGUACUGAAACUCUUUGACAGUAUUGAGAAAUAUGAUGAUGGGGCCUUUUACUUUGAUGAGAAAGUUGUUAACAUACGUGAACAGCUGGGUCCUCUUUCAACUACCUCGUCAGUUGUUAGAGGGCUGACAGCAUUUGCUGCUGUAACUACUGGAAGUUUUAACCUUCCAGGGGAUAAAAUAUUGGGUUUAGCGAAAUUUUUCCUUGGCAUUGGAAUUCCUGGUGAUGCCAAAGACUUCUUUAACCAAGUGGACUCAUUAGCUUGCUUGGAAAGCAAUAGAAUUGCCAUUCCGCUUAUCCUAUCACUUCCAUAUACAGUGCUUUCAGUGACUAAGGAUGAACACUUAAAGAUUAAGGUCACUACUGUGCUUGGUGCAAAUGCUCCUCCUCUAACAGUGAAACUUGUGCGGGCAUUUUCCUCUGGGCUAAAGGAAACUACCAUUGUUGAGAACAAGGAACUCAAGUAUGAUCCACAGAGUGAAUCUUAUUUCUUAGAUUCCGUGCCAAAGCCUGUUGAUGUUGGAAAUUAUAUUUUUAUUUUUAAGGUGGUGCUUCAUGAUUCUGAGCAGCAAAGUGUCUAUGCUACUGGAGCCGAAACUCAAAUACCAAUAUUUGUGACAGGACUUAUUAAGAUCGACAAUGCUGAAAUUGCAGUUCUUGAUAGUGAUCAUGGGAGCGUAGAAACACAAAAAAAGCUACAUUUGGGUGGAGAAAAUGCUGUGUCAUUAUCGGCAAACCACCUGCAGAAGCUCCGUCUAUCCUUUGAAUUGACCACCCCUUAUGGGAAUGCUUUUAAGCCACAUCAGGCAUUUCUCAAGCUGAGACAUGAGAGCAAGGUUGAGCACAUCUUUGUGGUGGGGAACUCUGGGAAAAAAUUUCAGAUAAUUCUAGAUUUUCUAGGACUGGUUGAGAAGUUUUUCUAUCUCUCAGGUAGAUACGAGAUUCAACUCACUGUUGGUGAUGCUGUCAUGGAGAACUCUUUAUUACAAGAUAUUGGCUAUAUUGAAUUAGAUCUGCCAGAACCCCCUGAGAAGGCAUCCGGUCCUCCAGCACUGCCUGUUGAUCCCUAUUCAAGAUAUGGGCCGAAAGCAGAGAUAACCCACAUUUUCAGGGCACCAGAAAAGCGUCCACCUCAGAAGCUUUCCCUUGCUUUCUUGGGUCUUACUCUUUUGCCAUUUAUUGGAUUCUUAAUUGGGCUAUUACGAUUAGGGGUGAACCUGAAGAACUUCCCUGCUUCACCUGUGCCUGCUACAUUUGCCAUCCUCUUCCAGCUUGGCAUUGCAGCAGUGCUGUUACUCUAUGUUCUUUUCUGGUUGAAGUUGGAUCUAUUCACAACAUUGAAGGCACUUGGUUUCUUGGGGGUUUACUUAAUGUUCGUUGGUCACAGGAUCCUUUCACACCUGGCUUCAGCUUCAGCCAAAGUGAAAUCUGCUUGAACAAAAUGAACAAAGUUCCUUUUCAAUAGCGACUCAAGACAAAAAUGAGGGGAAAUUUCUCUUUCAAAAGAGGUGCAAUGGACAUCAUGGUCAAGUUUUGUAGGACUCUUAUUUAGUAAAUUAUAUUAACCUAUUGAGAAUUUUAGUGCACACAGCCGACAUCCACGAUGAAAAACUGGAAAGAAAGUUUAUUUACUCCCAUCUCUCAUUUCUGCUGCUAAUGCUUUUUCACAUUUUUGAAGAUUGUAUGGUAGCAACUAGAAAACCAGCAUCUUCUUCUCUUGGAGUUAAGUUGCCAUAGUUUGCUCUGUCAAAUUUUCCGAGUAUUAAA